AUGCCGGAAGAUAUCGAGGAACACGGUGCAGAUGUGUCGGACGCUGCCUUGUCCGAGAAUGAGGACGAGUCAGAGACCUAUUCUAAAGAACAUAACACGAUGACAGAGCAGAGCACUGGCGGUGGAGGGGGCGGCGAGCUCAAGAAGAAGUACGAUCCCAAGGACCCCUCAAGGCCCCGGCGCAAAAAGGCGCGGAGAGCCUGCUUUGCCUGCCAGCGAGCACAUCUCACCUGUGGCGAUGAAAGACCGUGUCAACGGUGCGUCAAGCGAGGAUUAGCAGAGAACUGUCAAGACGGUGUUCGAAAGAAAGCCAAGUAUCUUCACGAUGCGCCCCCAGAGGCUCUGGGUCCGGUGCUCGGGCCCAACUUCAGCAGCGGCUCUGGGAGCGCAUCGCGGCCACACGCGCAACGCCAAAACUCGAGCCCAUCGGAUGCUAUGUCAACGACACCCAACAGCAACUUCUUCCCCACAGGCAGUGGCUCGGGGUUCCCCUUAUAUCAGGGCCAAGCUCAGUCAGCGGUGGCCUUACCAGACGGUCUCGGCUUCGGGUCUCAGCCUGCGAACAUGUCGCCAUCCUUCCAGAACCAAGCUACGAAUGGAAACGCCCAAAUGGACAGCAUGCUGCCAACGAAUGAUGCCUUCAAUGCCAUGUUCGAUCCGAGCAACCCGGCGCUGUACAACUUCGACCUGGAAGGGCUCAACUUCGGGAGUCAGUACGCUGGUUGGGAGUUUGGCAUCUUGAACAAGAUGGGCCUGGGCGCUGAAACCCCGCCACGAGAGAACUCCAUUUCUCAGACACCGACGAGCGAGUACGCAAAUGUAUUCGGCAACGGUGCUGGGUCUACAUACGAUGGCAGCAGCAUACUUGCAAAGGACUACUCAAGCCUGGACCCGCAGCCGCAGCAAGUCUAUCACCAAGGCAACUUGCAGCAUGGGUUGCCUCAUGCUUUCGCCAUAGCAGCUGGGCCAACGAGUCUUGCCAGUCCCAGCACGGAGGCUACAGCCAGCCCCCAACCGACAGCAAUGGCUGAUGGAUCGCCUGGAAACUUUGGCAGCAGUAUUCCAGUAAACGUACGGAUCAAGUCGAAGCAGCUCAAGCCGAACCAGUCCAUACUAGGCAAGCGACAGCGCGAUGCCGCGUCGAUAUAUGAGAGUGUCAAGAAGCCGUACCCUUACACAACCGGCUUCCACAACAUGGUUUCUGUGCUCAGAAAGAGGCUACCGGGAGACAAACUUCUUGCCAUAGCUAAGGCGCUUGGUGAGAUUCGACCCUCCUUUAUUGCUUCGACCAAGGACCUCACAGAGGAGGAUCUUGUGUUUAUGGAAAAGUGCUUCCAGCGUACGCUCGUCGAAUUUGACGACUUUCUCCACCACAAUCCCUCGCCAACGAUUGUUUGCCGACGGUCAGGGGAAGUCGCCGCUGUGAACAAGGAAUUCAUCAGCCUCACGGGGUGGACCAAGGACGUGCUCCUCGGAAAGGAACCCAAUCGCCACGUGCACAUCCGAUCAAACUCGAAUGGCUCCUCGCAAGAGGGCGCAGAUCCUCGGCCCGAGGCGUCGGCCACCCCACGUGUCAAGAAUGCGACCCUAGACACGGGUCGUCCUCAGCCAGUGUUCCUUGCCGAGCUGCUCGACGAUGACAGCGUUGUCCGAUUUUAUAAGGACUUUUCACAACUUGCGUUUGAGGACUCUAGGGGAAAAGUCACGCGGACCUGCAAACUGGUCAAGUACAGCCCGAAGGAACCCGAUGUGAAACCACACAAGGAUCCAAGGACAGGCAUGUUGAGCAGCCGAGUGACCAUGAUUGACGGAGAGCAUGGCAUCUCGCGGAUUGAGCAGGACGGCAAAGUCAAUUGCGCGUACUGCUGGACGAUUAAGAGGGAUGUGUUUGAUAUACCCAUGAUGAUCAUCAUCAAUAUACAGCCCCGAUGA